AAAAAAGAUGGAAGGCCUUAAGAGAUAACUUUAAGCGGGAAUUAUUAAAACAACAGCAGACUAAAAGUGGUUCUGGAUCCAAAAAAGGACGAAUUUAUUGCCACUACUUAGAACUAGAGUUUUUAAAACCAGUGAUGGAAGAGAGACAAACUGAAAACAAUUUCACCAGUGAUAGUGAAGAUGAGGUAAUUUCGCAAACUCAUGGGUCUACUUCACAAGAAAAUCACCAAUUUGAAGAGGAUGUGGAUUUGGAUGACAGAGAGACUCCAUUGCCCCCACGAAAAAACACCAUGAGAUCAAAAAAUAAUAAAAAGAGGGACACUCAAGAUUUUAUAGAUGUAGUUAAAAACCUGAUCGAAACCAACAAAGCGGAGAAUAAUGAGAUCACAUCCUUCACAAAAAGCCUGGCUCCGCACAUCACAGAAGUUCGAAAAGAUUUACAGUGUGAUCUAAUGAUCGAUAUAUUAAAAAUUAUUAAAGAUUAUCAAAUAAAAAGUAAUUGCGCUCCUGCUGUACACAGCCAUCCCAUGCCGAACCAAAGCCAGCCAUUUAGGCCGAGUAACCAAUGGGAGGGUUCUGGCUUUAGACCAAUCGCAAAUCCCCAAUUCAACAACAGAUAUUCGGCCCCUUAUGAUAUGCCCCAUACUUAUCAUAUGGAACAUCAUAAUACUCCUCCUCUCCCUCCUCCUCCUCCUCCCACUACUCCUCAGGCAGGCAGCAGUAGGGAGGAUAUUAACUCACGCCCCUAUUACCACGACCUUGGUUAGGUUAAAAUUUUUGUUGGAUUUGUUAUUGAAAUAUUUUGUUUACAAUAUUGAUAAAUAUUGCCCGGUCUUUCUAUGUUAAUGGUUCAUGCGAGAUAUUCUCCAAGUUAACAGUUUAGUUCAUAAAAGAUAGUUGAAAAGUGUAAUGUUCAUUAUUAAAGAAUUAUAUGAGAAACGUUUUCUAAAUAAUAUAUUGUAUUAUAAAAUUCCAUUCCAAAAAAGUUGUAUAUUUGUUAUUUAAAAUAAAAUUAUAUACAUUGA